AUGUCAACAUUUCAAUGCGAGUUAAAUGGAUGCAGUAUCGUACAGGGCGAAGCUAAGGGAUUGUUGUCACUUCUGGAUGAAAUCAUCAUUCGCAUAAUCGAAAACUUGAGUUCCGAAGAUAUAGCUAACAUAGCAGAUACUUGCAUUAGGCUACGGGAGGUUGUUCGGAAAAUGACAGCAGAUGUUGAAAGUUCAUCCAAUUUCAGUAUUGAAAGCAUUGAUGAAUUGGACUGCACCUGUGAUUAA